UCGCGGGCAUCAGCAGGCUUCGGUAGUCCUGCGCCUGCCUAUACUCCCAUCGAAAAGUCGCUAACAGCAUGUCCAGCGCGGUACACAGAUUGCAGAAGACACUGGCGAGUUCGUUGUCACUGGUAGAAAGGCAAGGCGGAAAGACUCUGACGCAGAGUCUACCACGACCCAAGAAUCUCCCGGAAGAGCUUGAGUCUCUUGUACGCGACCUUUGGGCGUUGCGUCUGCAGAAGCUACAGAACCGGGUCUUGUACGACACGGAAUCGGAGACAGAAACCCAAUCCCAGCAAGUGUUCAGCUCGCAGUCAGAGGGAGAUACAUCGGCUUCCGAGUCCUCGCAUGCCAGCCGCAGACGGAGCGCAAAGAAAGCAAAAGGCACGCCGAAUCUAUCAGACCUACUAGCCCUCUGCUACGUGGGCACGCUACUGCUGCGUGAACCCGUCACCGUCGCUGACCUCCACGGAUGGGUUACUCAUGGAGAACUGUUGUAUUACCGUGCUGCCAAGGAGGUUCCGUUGGACAUGAGAGAGCGCCUUCCUCCAACAUAUCAGGACCAGUUCGAGCCGCAUCAUGUUGGACCUGCGCAGAAAUUGCACCAGAACGUUGUCGAUACGCUAAAGGUGCUUGACGACAGCUUUGGCAUGGCAAUGCCGCCCAUCAACCACCCGCUGAUAUUGUAUCGGUGGGUUCGUGACCUCUCAUUACCGAUCGAGAUCUUUGCUGCCACGACAAACUUAGCCCGUGCGCUCGAGCUCGACUUCGCUUACAGGCUGGACGUACCUCCAGCCACGAAAGGAGUUGAGCUUCGCUUCCCCGAGCUUAGGCUGAUGACUCUGUUGGUUGCCGCGACAAAGCUGCUGUACCCUUGUGAUGAGAUUGCACGCUAUAGUACGUCAGCCACCAACGUAUCUGCAAUAUCCAUGGACUGGUCCGCCUGGGCAAAUUUGCAGACGUUUGACGACCGAACUGAUCGCCACGACGAGCCGCCUUUGCCUUUUCAGACUGCCGUUGGGUUCGGUAACGCCGACAUUCUCGCUGCAUCCGAGCAGCAGCUGGACGGUUACUUGGACUGGUUUGAACACAACUUGGCUAGCGAAGACAUACGUGAGACCAGAAAGGCUGGUAAGGAUAUUGAGCUACGGCGAACGCUCUUUGGCAUGUUUCCAGCGCACGGUGUCGACGCGGCGUCCACCGAGCGUGCCGCCGUUUCUGCUGCUCAAUCAGAUGAUGUGUCGGACAGACUGAGACGGUCUCAAACUCUGCUAAGAUCGAGACCUACGAUCAAGGUCAUGGGAUCCGGAGACAUGAAAGAGAUUGGCAGUUUCUACCGCCGUUUCAGGAGUGUCGACGAACUUGUAGGUCCGGUCAAAGUGUUGUACCAACGGGCGGCCGGACUUGCGGGCUUUUCAUUGGCCGGAAUGGUAAGGGCGGUGGUCCUCGUCGAGCAGAAAAUGCAGAAUAUGGAAGAAAGCAUGAGGAAGCCACGAUGAGUGGAAGUGAUUUAGCCGUCAGACCUGCUUCUUGCAUGUUCAGGUGUUCUGGUAGCAGUCAUCUUGGCGCCAGUUGGGAGGGCGGCUGGCGUCCGUUGCGACUAUAAGAAGGUGGUUAGGUGACGUUGUAAUAAGUAUGUAUCAAAAUAGCAUCGUCAGGUCGCAAUCUCG